AGCGUCCACCCCGUGAGUGGGCGGUGUCACAGAAAAGUCCAUGCGAGUAGCGGAGAAACUUCACGAAUGUAAAUACAGAGCUAACAACGGAGGUUACGUCCUCGCGUGUUCUUUCCUUUUUCUUCUUUGACUCAUGCGAACAUGCCACGCAAAAAGCCUUUUAGUAACAAACAGAAAAAGAAGCAGCUCCAGGUGAAACGCGAGAAAAAGAGAGGAGAAACAGGUUCAAGUCACAGUAGCCGAAAUGCCAGUGUGGAGAGAGGACCUGGCAGAGACAGACAGUCCGAUACAUCAGACAGCGAGACGACAGACAUCAGGAGGAUCAACCAUCAGCCUGGCACUAGAGACGGCAGAUAUGACCCCAACAGAUUCCGUCUGCACUUUGAGAGGGAGAACAAGGAAGAGGUGGAGAAGAGGAAGAAAAUAGCGAUGGAGAAAAUCCUGAAGCCGGUGGCAGAAAAGGAACUAGAGAUGGAUAUAAACCAGAUCUACCCUGAAGAGAAAGGCCUAAAUUUCCCACGGCGGCCCUCAUGGCAUUACGGCAUGCAGCGAGAGGAGUUGCUGCGGAAAGAGGAGAAGUCAUUUCUGGAGUAUCUGAACACUCUUCACUCCAAGAACCCACCCGGUACCCUCAGCCACUUUGAGCACAACCUUGAGACAUGGAGGCAGCUUUGGAGAGUAAUUGAGAUGUCUGAUGUCAUUCUGCUCAUAGUGGAUAUCAGACACCCAGUGCUGCAGUUUUCUCCUGCUCUGUAUCACUACAUCACCGGUGAGUUAAAGAAGUACAUCAUCCUGGUGCUCAAUAAAGUGGACUUGUGCCCUGCCCCACUGGUGUUGGCAUGGAAACACUAUCUGACUAAACAGUUCCCCCACCUGCACUGUGUCGGCUUCACCUCGCACCCAGGACAACCCUACAGCACCCUUCUACAGAAGAAGAGGGUGAGGAAGAAAGCAGGAUGGAAUCAGGUAGGAGGGCCGUUCCAAAUCAUGAAAGCGUGUCAGGAGAUCACAGCAGGAAGAGUGGAUUUGAGUAGCUGGGAGAAGAAGAUCCAGAGGGAUGCUGUUGCCGUGGGAACAGAGGGGGAUCAGGCUGAUGAUGGAUCGGACUCUGUGCUGAUGGAGCAUCAUAGUGACAUUGCCAUGGAAAUGAACAGCCCCACGCAAGAACUUUAUAAAGAUGGAGUACUAACCUUGGGCUGCAUAGGUUUUCCUAAUGUAGGCAAAUCUUCAGUGCUGAACAGUCUGGUUGGCAGGAAGGUCGUGAGCGUGUCUCGAACUCCAGGUCACACAAAAUAUUUCCAAACAUACUACCUCACUCCCACUGUGAAACUGUGUGAUUGUCCUGGGCUGGUCUUCCCUUCCCAAGUGGACAAGCAACUACAGAUCCUGGGUGGUAUAUAUCCAGUGUCCCAGCUACAGGAGCCUUACAGUUCAGUAGGAUACCUGUGUGAACGGACCGACUUCCGGUCUAUAUUAAAGCUGAAACAUCCCAACCACAGUCCAGGAACUCCAAGUGACCCCGACACAGAGGACUGGACAGCAUGGGACGUGUGUGAAGCCUGGGCUGAAAAGAGAGGGUACAAGACUGCUAAAGCGGCCCGUAAUGAUGUUUAUCGAGCAGCCAACAGUCUACUGCGAUUAGCCAUUGACGGACGCUUGUGUCUGUGUCUGCGGCCACCUGGAUACUCUCAGAGUAAAGAUGAAUGGGAAUCUCACCCAGACCUGACUGAGAUCAUCGCUCUACAAGGAAGAAAGGACGAAGAGGAAGAAUGUGUAGAAGACGACGAUGGCGAAUCCAGCUCAGAGCUGGAGGAGGACAACGAUCGGGACGCAGAUGAUGAUGAGGACGCUUAUGGGGAUGAUGAAGAUGAUACCGUGAAGGCUGACAAGAAGGGCCUCACUCUCAACAUGUUCAAUGUGCUAGGAGAGAACGAGUGUGAGUGAGGGAUGAGAUCUCAUUCCAUGUUCAUACAUUCCGGUUUCUCUGUUUAUCACUGAUUUCUUUAUGACCAUCUCAUUUCAAUCUGCAAUGUGUCAAUCAAAGGAUAUACUUAUACAGCCCAUUGUAUAGACAGUAUAAAGCUGGUUUUUGUGUUCUAUUUCAACCUCUCCGUGCCUCUGUACCUUCUCUGCUUUUCAUUUAUCAUCAUCAGAAAAGUAUCAAAAUACUAUGAAAACUUUUGUACCUCCUGCAUGCAGCCUUUUCCCUUUCUGAGAGGGCAGAGGGAAUGUCUGUACAACCAGUGAUUGUACAAUCAAUGUUACUAAAACAAGCAUUGAUGAAUACAAUCACUGAUUUAUUGUCAAUCUCACAGCAGUGAUGCCAAAGGUCAGGUGAGGUCAAAAGUCACACUUUGACCUCAAACUGUGAGUUUCUCCCGUGCGAAUGUAUUUUAACCUCUGUCUCAGUACCGCAAACCUUGGCAUGUAGGGCAGAACCAUGUCAUGUAUGAGGAUAAGAAAUAGAGGCACAGGCUGAAGAUUAUUGUAAUAAAAAGAAGUUAUGGACACUCAAAGCACUUUUAAAGCAAGAGGCAGCAACCAGCAGUCUUUUACUGUUGAAUACUUUAAUUUCUAGGCAGAUACACGUUUAUUAUGCGGGUAAUGACGUUAGGGUGUCAUUUAGGGUUGCAGUGGAGAGUGACUUUAUGCCACAAAAUGUUCUAGACUAUGCAAAGUUUAAAGAGGUAUCAGAAAAAACCUGAUACAAGCGUUCCAGUUAUAAAAGUUAGACUGUAUAACACACAUUGUACAUGCACACUGACACAAGCCACAAUUUUUGGGAUCAAUUUAUUUUGGACUAAAAAGUGCAUUUGGUGGAGAGUGGGUUGAUUUUGAAGAACUAGAGUUCGUGCACUUUUGCUAUAGGACUCAGGUAAUGGUGAUGAUGUGGUGUUAGACCAUCAUCACAGAUGUGUGGAGUUACCGAUACAAGUGUGCUGGUUUCCUGCUUUUCAGCCUCCAGUCCUGCAUGCCCUUGCUUAGGGAUUUCAUGUGGGUGUGUCUUUGUUUGUGUGGGUGUGAUAGUGUGUGGAUCAUUCUUUCUUUAUUGAAAUGUUAUUAUACUGACAGAAACAGCCCUCUGCAAUAAAACCAUUCCCCUGA